CCCUAAAUAUACACAUCCCCGAGCGAAGCUCGGGGAUGUACCCCGCUUGCUCCAAAAAGCCGCUGAGCCCCCUACACAUUUGCCGACGACACGAAUAUCUAUUCUAUCAUAACCUUUAUCACCUUGGGAGUGUGUUCUGGGUGUUCGGUAUUACAUGAGCUUCAUGCAGCUCUAUUUAUUUUUAAAUAAAAAUGUUAAAAACUCACCUAAUCCUGCCUUUUUAUCAGUAAAGUCCUUCACACAGCGAACAAAGUUGUGUGCAGUCCUAUGGGGCUCGAUCUCAUGUAAUCGCUGUAUAUGAACCGGAAGGUAAUCGCAACUCUGUGAAGGUCAAGUCACGUGACGAGAUCGCCCGAGUAGCACGCGCGGAAGCAACUGCUGUAGCAGACGACGCGACGUCUAUACUGUGUGCAAUGUAAAUUUAUAGCGUAAUCGCCCAGAUUCAUUCAUGAUUCAGGCAGAAAUUAUUCAGCGUACGUAGAAACUGCCAUGGAAACGAGAAUGCUCAAAGAAGUUGUGGAUGAUGUGCUCGGAAGUACUUUUGUACUGAAACAAAAACAGGAGUCCAUGCUCAUAAGCGCUGCCAAAGGAAAUCACACCAUGGGGAUCCUUCCCACUGGAUACGGAAAAAGUUUGAUUUAUGCCCUCCACGCACCACUUUUGAACAAACUGAAUCCACAGAAAACACACAUAACCCUCGUAGUAAGUCCGCUUAAAAGUCUAAUGCUGGACCAGGUGCGCAGAUGGAAGAAUCUUGGCAUCAGAACUGCGGCCAUUCUUGGCCAUUCAGGUCAUGACAUGGACAGGGAGACUGAAAACGACCUGAUGAAUGGAGGGACAGACCUCGUUUUUACUUCCCCGGAGGCCAUCCUGUCCCCUAAGUGGUGGCAAUGGGUGCGGAAGUUUCAAAACAGGAUUUCGUUGCUGGUGCUAGAUGAGGUUCACUGCUUUACAAAAUGGGGUCUUACAUUCAGGGAGGAGUACCUCCGGACCACAUCUUUGACAUCCAGGCUGGCAUGCCCUAUAAUGCUUCUUACAGCCACGGCAACAAACAGAAUGGUCACAGAAAUACUUCAAAACCUGAAUCUCCGCAGGGAAGAAGUAGAAAUAUUCGCCGCUAUUCCCAACAGACCAAACAUUCAUCUAUCAGUGGUUCCGGUGAAGGACAAGUUUGAAGCCAUUGGAUGGUACUUGGAUGAAUUAAAGGAGAAGGGUGUCGAUGCUGCAAAAACCAUCAUUUAUGCACGACAAAUCGACCACGUUGCUGAACUCUACACAUGGCUCAACGAAAGCCUCGCCGAGUCCGCCCAUGCUCCAGGACCAGGGCAGUCUUGCAGUGUGGAAAGUAGACUGAUCGAAAUGUACCACGCAUCAACGGACUCAAAGAGUCAGGAACGAAUAUGUCGUAACUUUUCCACCGAAGGUUCUAAGCUGCGCUGCGUUGUAGCAACAAUAGCAUUCGGUUUGGGUGUCGACAUCGCCGACAUUGAUCAGGUUAUCCACUGGGGAUGCCCUAGUGAUGUCCUCUGCUAUUGGCAAGAAACAGGCCGAUGCGCGAGGGAUGGAAGACCCGGAAAAGCCAUUAUGUAUCUGCCACCCUUUUCAGUCAACAAGAGAUGGGUUGAUGAAGACAUGAGGGACCUUGUCCAAUCAUCCCGCUGCAUCCGGAAAUCGGUGUUGAACACGCUCUUCGUGCAUGGCAUGGAAAAGGACAAUGUACAGGUGAUGUCAUGCUGCUCAGUUUGCGACAGUGCUAAGUAAUACGGGACCCAUAGCAUGUAUCCAUUUCUAUGAGUCAGUGCACAAUUUAACACUGCGACGCUGUGCAUCCAUUCUCGUAGAAAGUGCUUUCAGCUUUUUACCAAGGUUCUUUGGAUUUCGCAACACCUCUUUAUGGUCGAACCCUUCAAAGCCUUUGUGUUGUCUGAAGGGCAAGUAUUCAAACAGUCCAAAUCCAUCGUUCUCAUCCACAAACAAUGCAACAUCUUGUUUGUAUACAUCCUCUGCUUUCUUCCUAGUUGGCGUCUUCAUGGAGACGAUCCCGGCAUCACUGAACAUGAUAUCCAGGUACCUACCAAAUGGUCCUGACAUCUUGGCACAUCUCUGCGCGUGUUUCUCAGUCACAUUUCCAUGAGCGAAGUCGAUCAUACCUGCAAAAAUUGAUACAGAAAAAAAAACAGUUAAAAUAUAAUUGUUGAGAAGAUCAAAUCAACCUUGAUUUAUAAUUGCAUAUCACGUCACCUACGCACAACGCAAAAUGCGUCAAACAUUGCAACUGACAUACCCUUGUAGUCCAUGUUAAUGUGCUCAGUACCAAGGUCCAUCCCUAUGUUUCCUCCGGGCUUGCCAGUGACAUUGAUGACUCUGUUCCAGAUCAAAUUGUUCCUGAUGUCAGAAGGAGCAAAUCCACCGAUACCUGAUGCCAUGAAAAAACAAUUUGCGAAAUCUAAAACCAACAUUUCACCAACAUGACCAAGGAAAUACUUUCUACUUUUCAAACCCCUCGUUCGAGGAUCAUUUCAUGAUGUUCAAAGGAUCGCAUGGGCACCAUCCCUUUAACGUUAACUAGCUAGGUCACUAUUAGUUUGAAUGCACAUGCCAUCAUUAUGACCGUUCAUCAGUAUACACUUUAUUAAUUGUGUGUUUGCCAGCGUCCUUCUUUCGGCAAAUGGCACAAAUCUCCUAUCUCUUAAACAAUGCUUAAUCUGUUUAUCCCCAAACUCACAAUAUGCACAUCCUGGAGGAUUCGUUGUCUAGUACACCUAAUCACAAAUGAAACGGACGUAUUCUAUGUGCAUUUCAAGUGGAAGUGGGUCUAAAAGAUGAUGUGAUGAUGUGGCACACAGAAUAUAUUUUUGGCACAUAAUAAUAAGUUUAUCGUGAGUGUCAUGAAGUCUUGUCCUGUCAGUUAUUCUCGCAUCGAGUCAAAUGAAUAUCUUAUCAAUGUAAAAUCUUAUAAGUCUUCAAAUUCCAGACUCACAUGCUAAAAAGUAGUGGGCAUUGAUGAGGUACUUUGGGUGUCUCUUUGACCAGAAAGUUAUGAGAUCGAUUUUCCAGUCUUCAACCAUGACUGGUCCAUUUCCAGCCCGAACUGCUGCUCUCCUGGCUAGAUGUCGCAAUCCUUCCAGAACGAGAGCUCUACUGUGGUUCAGCACAUGGUCGUCGUUUUGAGAAUCAAGGGCGCAUUCUUCACUGCAAUACCACUUCUCUGCGAAGAUAUAUAUAUGGAAUGCAUUGGAACUAAUGGAUUUGUGAAAAUUUGUUCCCUCUUCUUAUUCUAAGGUACGGUUAGGGCUAAUAAGAUGCUUGUAUAAUUUAUGAUCGAACCUCAUCAACUAGACUUUUGACAUCCAUGGAAAAAAUGGGAAUAUGGAAUAUAUAGUCCACGAAUAGAGUUUUGGCUUGCAUAUCGCAGAUUCUGGUAGAGUUUUAUCCAGAUAGGGACACCAAACGUUGCAGGAUUAGUUCUAUUUAGUGGGUUAUCCAAACUUGCUAAAAUGUUAAUAUUUGAAAUUGUGUAUUUAUAAUAUUCCUGAAACCUUGUAACUAUGAACAAUUACAAUAUUCUUACCGGGUAAGAGAUCAGUCAACUGAAGACCAAUGCAUCUGUGGUGAUACCAUUCAUGACCCCUGCAGUUUCCUUUCAAUGCGCACUGCGCCAUGUUUGUGUUGCCCUCUGGAUCGACUUUCCGCUGGCACACACAGUAGAUGUAACUCGGACCACUCUCACAGUCGGCGCUGCAAUACCAGUCUUUCUCUUUGUCUGGAGCAGCUGUCAACCCAACACAACUAAGGUGAAACCAAGCCUUGUGACAUGUUGAACUGCAACACAGCACCAUGUCGUCAUUCUUUUCUGUAUUAAUUAUUUUAAAAGGUUGGAAAAACAUGUAUCAGUCUUGUCGAAUACAACUCAAUUUUCUUUCAACAGAAGUUAGAGAAAACAUUAUUAAAUUCAUCCCCUAACUGAUA